UUUUCUAUUUACCUUUGACAACAAAAGUUGAAAGUCCACAUCUAUGUCUACAAAAACAGAAUUUAUUAUGUGAAGGUAUAUUGUAAUUAAAAUUUCAAGCACUGGUUAUUAAAGGAUUGAACUUAAUCACACAAGGUUCUUAAAAUGGAUAAGAGGAAAAGAACUUUUGUUGUUGGUGUUGGAACCACAAAAUUUGAAAGACCACUGAAAAAAAACUGGGACUAUCAUGACAUGGGAAGAGAAGCUGGUAAAGCAGCAUUAGAAGAUGCCAAGAUUCCAUAUUCUAAGGUUCAAGCAGUUGUGGCAAGUUAUUGUUAUGGGGAACCAACAUGUGGACAGAGAGCUGCCUAUGAACUUGGAUUGAGUGGAGUACCAGUGUUCAAUGUAAAUAACAAUUGCUCCUCAGGUUCCAGUGCCCUUAUGUUGGCAAGGAGACUGGUUCAAAGUGGUAUUGAGGACUGUGUCAUGGCUUUAGGCUUUGAAAAAAUGGAGAGAGGACUUUCAGAAAGAUAUCCAGAGAAGGAAUCCCCUGUCAAACGUCACAUGGACCACAUGGUUACCAUAGGAGCAGACCCUGGUCUAAUUCAACCUAGAAUGAACGCAAUGACAUCAGACGUUGUCAAAUUAUAUGCUUAUGCUGCAAGAGAGUAUCUGGAAAAGUACCCAGAAGCCAAUAUUGAUGACAUGGUUAACAUUUCAUAUAAAAAUCAUAAACAAAGUGUACAUAAUCCUAAAGCCAGUAUUUCUAAAGAAAUAUCUCGUUCCGAUAUAAAAGAUAAAAUGAUGCUGUGUCAUCCAAUCACAUUUUGGAUGUCUGCUCCCGUUGCUGAUGGUGGUGCAUGCGUUAUUGUUUGUAGCGAAGAAUUUGUCAUACGUCAUGCUCUACAAAGAAAAGCAGUAGAAAUCAUCUCACAGCACUUAGUAACUGACUUGCCGUCAUCAUUUGAAAAAAGUUACAUUGAUUUGUCAGGGUACCAGAUGGCAAAAGAAGCAGCGAGGAGAUGCUUUAAAGAAUCAGGUCUCACUCCUGAUAAUGUAAAUGUUGUUGAGGUUCAUGACUGUUUCUCUUGUAAUGAAAUGUUAAUGUAUGAGGCUUUAGGGCUAGCCAAAGAAGGAACAGGAUACCAGUUGAUUAGAAAUAGUGAAUGGCGUAAAAAUAAAGAAGGUGGAGAAAUGUGUUAUUUGAACAAUAAAUGGGUUGUUAACCCCUCAGGAGGACUGGAGUCAAAAGGUCAUCCAAUAGGUGCUACAGGUCUUGCUCAGUGUGCUGAAUUAGUUUGGCAGUUGAGAGGUCAAGCUGGUAAACGACAAGUUGAAGAUGCUAAAAUUGGGUUACAACAUAACUUUGGUAUAGGUGGAGCUGCAGUAGUUACAUUAUAUAAAAAAUAUGGCAUCCAACAAGCAAAAUUGUAGAUGCAUACAAUACCAUGAGCAUCUUAACAGGUCCAGCUCCCGUAACAAUUGGAAAGAACAAACAAUCAAAAUAUGUCUAAAUCUGAACAUGGAAUCCAAUAAUGUUCAUAUAUAGUAAUCUAAAUACGGGUGAUAUUUUUUUUAUCCUAAUGAAAGCAUUUUAAUUAUGGUACAUGUGAUUUUCAUAUUUUUAAAGAACAAAAGAAAUAUCAUGUUAUCAGUUGUAUAAACAGAUGAUUAGAAUAUAAUUUCAUAUAUUUGUUGAAUGCUAUAUAAACAGAACACAUUUUUCAUUAAGUUAAAUAUGGAUGGCAAAACUAUUAAUAUAUUUGCUUUGUUAAUGAUGUCAUUUGCUGUAAAAAUUAUAUACAGUGUAAAUAUUCUGUCUAUUCCGGAAUAACCAAUUUAUAUGGAAUUUUCUCGUACAUUAUGCAUAUCAAUAAAUGGAAUACUUCUAUUUUUUUUUUAAUUAACUGACAACUUGUAGUAUGUUGUGUUUUGUGUAUCAGUCCAUGUUAAGUUUUAUGUUAAGGUCUAGAUAAAAGCAACUGCAACUCAUAGAGGAGGAAUCUUUUGAAACUUUGCCAAGGGAGGAACUAAAUAAAGUCAGCUUGACUUCCUUUUACAUAUAAAAUAGUAAGCGACGGGAAAAGGUGUCAAUUUCUUUAUUUCCUAAAAGAAUAAAUCAGAAUAAAAUUGUUAUUGAUUUAGAAUAUUUUAAGUUCAAUAUACAUAGAAUUUUUUGUUUUUGAUACUGAUUUUAACACCAUGAAUUAUAUAGCAAUUCUGUUGAUACAAAUACACUGUAUUAUAAUAAUUGUUUUUUAAAAGUUAUUACCUUAAAAAAAGCAUAAU